AUUACUAGUAAAUUAUCUUAAAUUAAAGAUCUUCCCUUCUCAUGCAAAAGAAAGAACGUGAUGGGCUUGCUACAAAUGCUGACGGGUUGGAUUUAUUCAAUUAUAUCCCGCUUUGUAUACAGUGACGGUUCUGCCAUAUCCUGGAUGCCUUUUUGGCAAAAUAAGCAACCAAAGAUCGAGGAAAUAGCGUGGAUUGAAGAUCCAAAACUGCAAGAGGACACUGAAACUGUACAGAAUGAUUUUCUUCCGAGUCCAUUCGUUGAAGCAAAGUCCUUGAACUUGAACAUCGAACCGAUGACGGCAAUCGCUACGAAAGUAAAUCCAUACGUAGUUCCAGCUGCAAGUGAAGUCAGCUAUCAAUCCGUUAGCCAACAUUGCAGCCUGGACCCAGUCUUUAAUCAAACAAAACCCAUUGACUUUGUACCAGAGGACGAAGUGAAUUCGACAUAUGUCUUUUGGAUUUUUAUAUUCUCAUUGUUCAUGACUGUUGUUGUAUUUAUCCUUUGGGAAGCUUGCUUUGUGAAAAUUAAAUGCUGUCUGCGUGGUCUGCUUGGGCGUCGGGGUGCACAUCGAGCGGCGCAGCCCCAAACGAUCAGUCAAGAAGCGUCCCAUGGAAGACACGGACGUGGGCAAGGAGACUGCCAUGACGGCCACUGGCGGGGUCGAGGAGAUUCCCAUAACAGCCACUAAAGAA